AUGUUUUGCAGGCAGCAAUGCGCGAAAGUUUUUCAUGGAUUACGUAUUGACAACUGUCACAGCACACCAAUUCAUGUCGCUGAAUACUUGUUGAAAGCUGCUCGAGAAGUGCGUCCAGAUAUAUAUGUGACUGCGGAACUGUUCACGGAUAACGAAUUUCUCGACAACAUCUACGUGAAUCGACUUGGAAUAACGUCCUUAAUAAGAGAGGCGCAGAAUGCGAACGUAUGCUUCGAGCAAGGUCGUUUUGUAUACCGAUACGGUGGGGAAGUAUACGGUGGUUUCAUUAAAAAGCGUCUCCAGGAUGCAACCAACUCCGUUGCGCCUGCUCUCUUUUUCGAUCAAACGCAUGACAACCCGCCUGCCUGUCUGAAGCGCUCAGUAUACGACUAUGUACCGACAGCGGCAAUGCUAGCGAUGUCGGGUUGUGGAAUUGGAACUGUUCGGGGUUACGACGAACUUGUGCCCUACAAAAUUGACGUGGUGAAUGAAAAGCGCAGGUACAGAAAGUGGGAUAAUGUGAAGCAUUCGCCAGCUAUCAUCCCAGCGCGUGCUGCUCUCAACAGUCUGCACGUUUUUCUCGCUGAGCACAAUUAUACUGAGGUAUUUGUUGAUCAGCGCACACCUGAUGUCAUUGCUAUAACACGUCACAAUCCGGUCACGCACGAG